UAAUUUCUGAAUACGUGUAACCGAUUAGGAUAAUUUUAUUCGAGUCGUGCAUACAGUCACUGAGCAGCUCUUAAAUUUAUGAUACCUUAUUUUUGAUACCACACAACAGGGAUAGUGAUCACUUGAAGAAGAACAGUCAGUAUCAAUAAGUAAUAUUUUUUCCAACUACCGCAAAAUCUGGAUGUGCAAAAAAUACCAACUGUGUCUUUGAAGUCGGUUCGUUGUGUAUUUCAUUAAAAAAAAAAAAAAUAUGCGAAUCUCCAUGGUGAUACUCCUUAUAAUCAAGAAUAUAUUGGGAAUUUUGACACUUUUCAGUCCUAAUUGCGUGACACCACCAAUGGAGUGUCCAAACGAUAAUAUUACCUUUUGGUUAUACACAAGAGAAAACAGCAAUAAUCCCGUGGAAUUAAAAGCUAUGAAACCUGAAUCGAUAAAGACAGCACCAUGGGUGAAGGGCGCUCCAAUUAAAAUUCUAAUACACGGUUACACAGGACAUAAAAAUUUUUCACCAAAUACGGAAAUAAGACCAGCAUACUUAGAGUGUUGUAAUUACAACAUAAUAACCGUUGAUUACAAUAAAAUAGCAUUAGAACCCUGUUACAUAGAGGCGGCUAGAAAUACAGAACUGGUUGGAAUGUGUACAGCCCAGUUAAUUGACGAGAUGGUGACCAAUCACGGAUUUAGGCUGACUGAUUUUCAUAUCAUAGGCUUCAGCCUCGGCGGACAAACCGCUGGUUUUAUAGCAAAUUACCUCAAAGCGGGAAAAUUACCAAGAAUAUCUGCCUUGGAUCCCGCUUUGCCCUUGUUUGCAACGAUGGAUAACAGAAAAAAAAUUGACAGCGGUGAUGCGGAUUUUGUAGACGUACUACAUACUAACGCUUUAAGUAAAGGUAAAUUGGAAACUUGUGGUCAUGCAGACUUUUUCGCUAACGGUGGUUACACUCAACCUGGUUGUAUGCAGACAGAAAAUCAAACAAAAUCUGGCUGUGACCACGCCCGCGCACCAAUGUACUUCGCAGAAUCAAUUAUAACCAAAACAGGCUUCUACGCAACAAAAUGUUUCUCUUUCAUAGCAUACCUACUUGGAUGGUGUGAUUUAAUUUCAUUGAACGAACAAGUUCUCUACGGGGAGUAUGGAUUGAGAAAUAACUCGGGCAUCUUCUUCUUUCGCACUAACUCUGAACCACCGUUUGCUAAAGGGAAAAGUGUAUGAAGUCAAUGAUAACAUAAGAUACAUUUUUAUGGCAUCUUUUUAAGUCACAGAACCAAAAAAAUUGUUACUUAUAUUUAAAAUAUUAGAAUAAGAAAAACAACAAUCUAGU